GGAAGGAAGGAGGAAGGGAGGGAGGAAAGAGAGAGAAAGUAUGUAUGUAUGUAUGUAUGUGUGUGUGUAUGUAUGUAUUUAUGCAUGUAUGUAUGUGCUGGUAACUGCUACGCUGCCACCCGAGGAGCCUUUCCAUUUCUGAUGAGGGUUCAAAAGUUCAAAAUUCUUUGCUACCAACACUUAGAGGGGCAAGUGGUUCUACUCCCCUUUUUUCUCAUGAAACUGUGGGGUGGAAAGAUAAGGAAAACAGCACUACCUGCAGACAAGCCUGUAUUUAAAUCCCUGCUACCCUGCACCCAGGAUGAUCUCCCAGAUACUUGCAUACAUGCAAGCUGCUUUGGAGGAGGAGCCCACCUUUCACCACGUGCAACAGAAACUGAAUGUAUCUCUGGUUAACAAGGGAGAACCAUGCUUGUAUGACUAAGUCUCCGAGCAAAGCCAGUGGCUGACAUGCAAUGGCUCAGGGAGGUGCUGAGUGUGAGGCCAGGUGAUAUUUCAGACGAUGCUUAGGAAUGGUGGACCAUCAGCUGUGAACGUGUAACUACUGCCAUGUGUCUCUUACUUUCGGAAGAAUGGUCACCAAGGCCAAGUUUCACUAAUAGAUUAAAUGGGUUCAGAAGAGAUUCUGGAGAUUACCUAUAGGCAUGGCUGCAGAGCAGUCAGCUGGUCUUCACGUAGGGGUGGGGGACCUUCUUUUAUUCUUAGGCCCCCCUUCCCAUUCUCCCUCACCCAAAGUUGCAGAAGAGACCCUCAGAAUUGUCCAGAUCUUCACUACUUCUGUCAGCUUUCCUUGAAGGCCCACUUCCCUUUUGCCUCUUACAGACAUCUGAUGUUCAGUUUGAGCAUCAGCCAGCCUGGUGUCUUCUUAUUUUUGUCUUUGAGUCACCUGUGGAACUGUAUGUUGGGCCCAGAACUGCAUAAGUAAAAGUACUCUAUACUCUCUGGACAACAGCCUCCAUGACUGUGAGGCAAGCAGUGAUAAUUACAAGUAUUUUAAGGAGGAUCCAGAGGACACACCAGAAUCGUGACCUAUGAUUUCCCAGGCAUGACCAAGAAAAUAAAUUUCGAAUGAUUGCCCAGGUCUACUUUUGACAGCCAGGUUGCCUUUUCUAUGGGGUUAGAUUUAAGUUAACCUCCUCUGUGGUAUUAAUCCAGGUACCAAAUGAGUUACUAGCAAUUGUGGUUGGUUAAAAUAAAAUCCAAAGGCAUUCUGUUACCCAAAAUUAUUUGAACUUAAGGAUUGUCACUUGGCCGGUGGCACCCCAGGGUGGGGGCUGUAUUUAUUCACUGUGUCAGCCAAGGUGAGGGAAAAUGGGCACCUGGAGUUGUGCAGCACCCACGGAGGGCUCAGUUUUCUCCAAAAUCUGCUGCUUCUAUUGGUAUCAAUAGUCUCCAGGAAGGUUUCACUCCUUCCAAGCCUGUGUGAGAAGAUUCAGCCCCCUGUGGGUGUUUGGGAGGUCAUACACUGGGAAUGGGCCAUGUAUCCAUCACACAGAACCACCCAGUCUUUCCUACUUGGCACUGAAGAGUCUGAUUUCCACACAAGAAACAAAUCAUGUCAUUGCUGUUGUCCAUCUUUACUUAUUGGCAAUUCUCCUUGGGAGUUGAGAGAGAGGAUAAGAAAGUGUUGAGUGCUAAGGUCUCCUCAGAGUGGCCUCACCAGACAGAUUUGGACAGCUGUCCUUCUGUCAUUAUGAAACAUGAGUACUUCCAAUCGUCUUGUUGCUCACAGUAGAUACAAGUGUCUUUAUCCACAGGCUUCCACAUCCUUUAAUAACAGACUUUUGGUCCCUGUUUUCAUUUCAGGAGCCAUUUGUUUCACCCAAGAGGCCAAAAGGUUAUUUGGAUUUCUAGCUAAUUGUUUAGGCCUCUUUGGAGAUGAUCAGGAGAUCUAAGUUGACAUUUCCCAUUCCAAUUUAUUUCAGUCCAUUAUGUCAGGUCUGAGCCCUUGGCCAAAAGAGAAGAAAAGGCUCCCUUUACUUGAGCUGUUGGUCUACCUACAAGUUCCUUGAAAGUAUCCUGAAGUCCAUUCAACUGGAUUUUGUUUGCCAUUUUGAAUCUUUGCCCAAGCUCUCCUUAAGAGAAAGGCUUUUGAAAGAGUUUUUCAACUCUUUCAAAAUAUGGUGUGUUUUCUAUUUUUCUUACCGUGUCAAGUCCACUUUUUUGAAUUAUGUGUAGGUGGUUUAUUUAAAUCUUCUGGUCUUCUCAUCCUGCCACUUUUAACCAUUUUUUCCCCAUUUUUGAAGGUCAACAAUUAAAUGAACUAAUUGGUAUAAAUGUGAUAGUCCAGGGCAAUAAGUAACAGAAUAAUUAACAGAUUCCUGAAUUAUACAGCAGCUUUCUGUCUUUCUGAAAUUUGGCAUCAUUUAAAAUUUUUGCCCUUGAGUCAACUCUUACCCAGGGUUCAUUCAACCUGCUGACCCAUUUUCUGGUUUAGCAGUUUUAAGAAGAUACCGUGCAAUGUUGAUUGUUCUUUUCUAGAGAAUUGCCCCAUGAAGAAAGGCAUUCACAAUAGAAAGAGUGUCAGUGGGUGGUAAAGAUAAAGCUGGGUGGGGAGAGAAAAGGAGAUGCAAAGAAAGUAGGUUUCAGAAGGUUUGAGUAGGAGUAAGAUCUUUCUCUUUUUUUUUUCCUGAGGCCGGAGUAUACCAAUCAAAGAAGCUCUCUACUGAGUGGUUGGGGUUUUUGCCUUCCCUCUUUUCUAGAGCCCUUCUUACAUCUCUUAUUUUUGACAUAAUGGCUAUUGUAAUUCUAAGACAUCCAGUGAAAAUUUUCCGCCUAUUAAGAUAAGCACACGAGAGUACAUAUAAUGAGAGUAUAUAUACGAGGCAGGAAUUUUUCCAGGAAGAGGCAUCAACUUUAAUGUAGACAAGACCAUGACAAACAGGAAGAAUAUACUACAGGCAGUCCAAAAUUUGUACUUAAUGUGUGGUGUCUUGAAUUCCUUGGCCAAGGAGAGCCAGACAGACUCCACAUGAUCAAUGGCCUGCAAAUCACUGACUUCAGAAUAUAGACUGAAUAAAGCAACCUUCUUUCAUUGAUUUAAGGAGACAGAACAUGUGCUCAGGAAGAUUUGGAGAGACCCAAGGCAAUGUUUUGGCAAUGACCUUCAUACAAAUUGAUCACCAGUCUAACAGAUCUCCAACCACUAGUUCUCAGGGAUGACUUGCGGCGGAAGCUUGCCAGACCUCUGUUUCUAUCUAUUCCUUCCUUCUACAUUCAGCAUAUAAGAGACAGUCUAGAACAAAGCAAAACCCCACAGGGCAAAGAGUUUAAGUAGAUGACAAACAUUGAACCUAAAGCAAGCAGCAGAAUAUGCAUGCUAACAGCAAGCAUAGUUGCUAAAAGGUGCCUCCAAAACAAAAAAAAAUCCAAUUGCUUUAUAUAAAUGUCUACUGUUUAGAAAUCCUAAGAAAAUAAAAUGAAUUCAUUAAGAGUUACAUGAAAAUACUCUAGCGCUCACGUCAUGUUGAAAACUCAUUUGGGAGGAAAUCCAAAAGACUAUUGGAGAGGAGGGCCAAAUGGACCCAGCGAGUAAGCACCCUUCGUGGUCCAAGGAUCCCGCACAAUGGGGACAGCUGUAUAUGUCUAGUGUAUAGUCCACUGGCUGUGUCUAGCUACAAUACAUAAAUUGCGCUAUAUUGAAGAACUUAUGUGCAGGAAGUUAAAGAUUUCGUAUUAUUAAGAGGUCAAGGGUAAAAGAAAUAGGGAGAUCACUUAGGAGGCCAUUGCCUUAAUUCAGUCAAGAGAUGAUGGUGGCUGGGACCAGGAUAAAGCAGUAGAGAAAGUGAGAAGCAAGUGCCGAAGAGCGAGGCCAUGCACAUCAUGAAGGGGGUCUUGCCUCAGGAAAGGGACUGAGAACAGCAAACAUCCAGAGACAAAGGAAGGAGUUUGGAACUAAAACAAGGCUUUCUAAUUCUGGAUCCUCAGAACUGGAAAGAUGCUUGAAGAGCUCAUCUCGCCUAAUUUCCCCUUACUACUGAGCCUGAGACACAGAGACGAACUUGGACUUACCCAAAGCCCACAACAAGUUAGCGUGCUUCAUGACCAUGUUCUCAGGGACCUGGACCAGCGGGAGUAAUUCGGAGCCGAGAAGCCACAUGAAGAGAAGAAAGGGGAGGGAGAUGGAACGAUCAUUGACUGGGCAUUUAGUGUGUACCUAGCCCCACAGGGGUCAUUUUCCAUAUAUUUAACCCUUUACUUCUGCAAAGCAGGCACUUUGCUCCCAUUUCUGCACAAUAAAAGUGAGGUUCAAAGAAGAUUAAGGAAUCUACCCAAGAACAUGCACCUAGAAAAGGGGUAGAACUCAGAUCUAUCUAAAAACUGACCAUGUUUAUGUGCAUUUCUGGGGUUUUACUGUAUUGGGAUCCGAUGUGGAGUGUGAAUCCAGGUAAAGGACUGGGAUUUUUUAGUCACAGUCUUAAGUUUAUUUAGGCAAUGGAUCUGCCCAGGGAACUGGACCCUGAAUUCAAGAUCAGCUGAUUCAAUGAGACCCCCCAACAAGCAAAGCCAGCAGAGUAGAGAUUUCAAUUACUUUCCAUGGGUAAGAAAAUUUUGUGAAGAAUAGGAAAAAUAGUCUUGAGAGGGCAACCAAAGCAGAAGGGCCUGGACCUGCUGGCCAUGGGGAGCUACAGAAGACCUAGGAGAGGAGAGAGUUUUUACACCUGGGAACAGGCGAGCCCCAUACAGCCACCAUCACAGAAACUUCCAAAGGACAACUGGAAUUCAAGUCCCAGAACACGUGGCAUUCCUUUACCUCCUACAACAGUCCACCAAAGCCUGGCCUCGAAGAUAUUCUGUUCAUGCUGCAGAGACUGCAAGGACCCCCAGGCCAUGGGUGACUCCAAGAACCCCAGUCAAACCCAAGAGCAUCAGCCAUCGACUGGCAGUAGGUACCAGAUGAGAACACCCUGCCUGGCCUCUCCAGACCUCAUUUACUUUUCUACAAUAGGUUUGCAGAAGGAUGAACUUGGCAGACACAAUUCCGAGCACACUAAUGCAGCCUCCCGCCUGCCUUCGGGACAACCUCUGAUGCAUCCAGAAAAGACAGCUUCCUCUCCUAGUGGCAAUGAACUUGAAGAUCUGAAUACAUAUGCUUCUCAAAGAGGUUUUUACAAGAGAAAUCUAAACUGCUACUCCCAGAAUCACUGGCCAUUCCAGCCAUGCCUCUUCAGGAGACCCUGAGCAUUCUCGUUGGCAGACCCCACACAGGUCUCCAAGACUGCUGGAGUGUCCCCAGGAUGAAGAUGGCAGUGAACAGGGACCAUGAAGACUGAUUCGGAAACUCCCCCGGAGGAGAUGUCUGAACCACCCCUGUGCCACCAGCAAGAGUCACUUCAGCUUCUGAAAAAGCCACUGUGGGGUGAGCUGCCUCUGAUUAAAGUCCCUGGUGAUAUCACAGGACUGUGUCUCUCCUCUUUUCCCUUCCCCUUUACCAGGGAGUAUCUCUUCCAAAUAAUAUCUUGUCAUUUUUAAAUAUAUUGUCACAUCUAACUUACCUAAAACAAAAUUUUUAAACCUUUCAGAUAGCUUUUUUGUAAAUUGUGAAACAAUUUCAAACUUACUAAAAAGUUGCAAGAAUAGCUCAAAGAACUCCUAUUCACCUUUUAAUCACACUCAUAAAGGUAUAUCAAGUACUCAAGAGUUUUUAAAUUUCUUAGUGAUUAUGUCCCCCUUAUUUCUCUUAAUCUUAUUUUGUGCUUUAUCCCUUUUACCUAACAUAGUAUGUCCUUUUUCCAAAAUUAUAGAUUAUUAAUUAGAUCCAUAGUUUUUCUAUACUCCAGUAAUUGCUGUUUUUAACUCUUAAUACUGCCUUUUCUUGUACGUUCUUUUGAUUACAUUUUUUUUCCAGCUUUUUGAAUUGGGAACUUAUUUCAUCCUUUUAUUUUCUUGAUAAAAGUGUUUAAGGACUGUUGUAGGCAGAAUAAUGGCCCCCCAGGAAGUCUUUGUCCUAUUCCCCAGAACCUGUGACUAUGUCACCUCUCAUAGCAGAAGGGGAUUAAGGACACAUACAUUUAAGGUUUCUGGUCAGCUAACCUUGAGAUAAGUAGAUAAUUCCCAGUUAUAUGAGUGGGUCCCAUCUAAUCAUGUGGGGAAAAUCUCUGCAGCCCAUCUGUGUGGCAGGUUUCUGCUGCCAUAGCACAGAGGCCAGGCAGAAGGAGGGACCAGUGCCAGCAGCAGGCUACAUCACCACCCUCCUUCGUGAAGAAGGAACUAAAUUGGUGCCACCUGUGUUAAAAGCAAUUUGACAAUAUCAACACUGAACCUUUAAAAUGACACAGCCUCUGAUCCAUCCUCAUUCUACCAAUUACUAGGUGUGUCACCUUGGCCAAGAUACCUAAUAACUGUUCUGUGCCUGUUUCCUCAUUUGUAAAAUGGGUACAGUAAUGGAAUCUACUUGUGGCAGAGCAAAAUAUUAGCCCCAGUUCUCCAGCCUUCUUUGUCAUAACUUUUUGGGUGAAGUGCACUUCCCUUCCCCUUAACUUUAGGCUCCAUCAGGUAACUUGCUUUAACCAAUGGAAACGUAGCAGAUAAGACACCAGACACCAGCUGGGGCGUGCUCUCUCCACCUCUAAGACCCCCAUGAGAAGGACAUGCCCCAGCUGGCCUAUUCCCAGAAGAAGGGACACAUGAGGCAGAACCACUUCAGCCGACCUGAUGGGCAUGGCGGACAGCAUGGCAUCAUGCAGAGGGAAGGACCAUGGGAGAGAGCGCCAGCAGACCUCCGCCCUCCUCCCUCCUUGCCUUGGUGGCCCAGUGAAACCCCUCUGUCCCCAGCAUCCCCUGGUUCCCUGGCUCCGUGACAUCACAGCCAGCCUCCUCUCUGCUCUGCCAGC